UGCCAUGUUGAAUAUCAUGUUGUGUUAUUUCCGUGAUAGACUGACUGAUCAUGUUGUGUGUUUCAGGAUCUUUGGACAAUGAGUUCACAGUCAGUAACAACAGUCUGUCUGAUGACACCACAACUAAGGAGAGCGGAGGGGUGUUCAGUGGGAUGUUUAGAAAAUCACCAAACCUUUCUAGAGGAAAGACACAUUCUCAGGAGGAUUUGUCUGCACCCAGUGAGCUGUCAGGCAGCAAAGACAAUCUGUCCGUGAGCAGCAACACUAAGGAGACAGGAGGGGUGUUCAGUGGGAUGUUUAAAAAAGCUCCAAAGACUUCUGCAGCAAGGACAGAAUCUCAGGAGGAUUUGUCUGCACCCAGUGAGCUGUCAGGCAGCAAAGACAAUCUGUCCGUGAACAGCAACACUAAGGAGACAGGAGGGGUGUUCAGUGGGAUGUUUAAAAAAUCACCAAAGCCUUUUGGAUCGAGGACACAAUCUCAGGAGGAUUUGUCUGCAGACGGCGAGCUCUCAGGCAGCAAAGACAAUCUGUCAGUGAACAGCAGCACUAAGGAGACAGGAGGGAUGUUCAGUGGGAUGUUCAAAAAACCACCAAAGCCUUUUGGAGAGAGGACAAAGUCUCAGGAUGAUUUGUCUGAUCCCAGCGAGCUCUCGGGCAGCAACGACAAUCUCUCAGAGAACACUAAGGAGAAAGGAGGAAUCUUCAGUGGAGUGUUCAGAAAAAAAGUUGCCAAAUCUCAGUCUCAGGAGGAUGUGACAGCGGAUAGUGAACUCUCUGCCAGCAGUGACAGUCUCGUAGAGAAGCCUUCAAAGGGUGGAGCUGCAGCGAAGAUCCUGAAGAAUCCUUUCACCUCCUCCGCUCAGGAUAAGGAAAAGACUGAGCCUUCAGGAGACUCAACUGAGAACGCAUCUACUGCAGAGAAGCCCAAAGCCAAGCAGAACGGUUUCAGCGCGAUGAUGAAGAGCACAUUCUCCUCUGACAAACAGGAGAAGAAAUCUGACUCUGAAUCUGAGGAGAUGUUGGACAAUGGAGAGAGCCAGCCCAGUCACAAGCAGAGUAAAUUUGCCGGGGCCAUGGAGAAACUGAAUCCUUUCAGACCUGCAAACAAAAAUGAGAAGCAGACGAGCUCAGAUGAGGAGGAGGAUCCACCUGCGAGCAGCGAAAAGUCCUCAGGCCACAAACAGGCUGGAGCCAUGUCCAAACUGAAUAUAUUCCGCUCUACACACAAAAAAAACACGGAGGAAGACACACCAGGGGAAGAGAAGUCGAAACCAGUCAAAAGCAACAUGAUCCAGCGAGAGAGAAAGGAAGAAGAGAAACUCCAACGGUCCCACCCAGACCCACUAAGGAGGAAAUGAGGAGGACGUCCACAUACGACAGAGUGAAAGCAGGAGGAACUGAGGAUGAUCAGGACAACAAGGACAUGAUCUCCAGAUCUGCCAGAUCGAUCAGAGGAGGUAUUUAAGGCUUCAGCGUUA